AUGUCAACCCUUCCGGACGAGUCGACGCGCCCAGCGCCAGGAACCCAGCCCAGACAAAAUGGGCACACAGCCUAUGAUACCUCUCAAAAUUUCGAUACAAAGGCAAUAAAGGAUAAAACCGAAGGCACAUCCAGCCCAAAACUGGUCGAAAAUGGCCGUACGAUACGGGGCUUCCGGUGGUUUGUCAUCUGCGCUUCCCUCUACAUCACCUGCUUAUUGUAUGGCCUCGACACGACCAUUGCGGCCGAUGUUCAGGGCCCUGUGAUCGCAGCCUUGGGCCACAUCGAGCAGCUUACCUGGGUUGGAGCAGGCUUCCCUUUGGGCUCUGUUUGCGUGAUUCUCAUCCUCGGCAGGCUCUACGAGUUGUUCAACCUCAAGUGGAGCUUCAUUCUCACAGUACUUCUCUUUGAGAUUGGCUCAGCUAUAUGUGGUGCUGCUCCAACAAUGAAUGCUCUGAUCAUCGGUCGUGUCAUCGCCGGUGCUGGAGGCAGUGGUAUCUACCUUGGUUCGUUGCAUUACCUAGCCAUCAUGACAGCCGAGAAGGAGCGCGGUAUGUAUAUGUCCUUCGUCGGCGCGGCAUGGGGCGCGGGUGCAGUGUUAGGACCAGUGAUUGGGGGCGCCUUUGCUGUAUCAUCAGCGACCUGGCGCUGGGCUUUCUAUAUCAACCUGGUCAUCGGCGCCAUCUCGGCGCCAGGCUUCAUUCUCUAUCUGCCAGAUAUCCACCCAACUCAGGGGGUGAGCACUCGUGACAGAAUCGCGAGUAUCGACUGGGCCGGCUUCAUGCUCGGCACUUGUACCUGGGUCACCUUCUUGUUGGCCUUCACAAUGGCUGGAGGCCAAUGGCCUUGGAACGAUGGACGCACGAUUGCCCUAUUUGUCGUGUUCGGUGCCGUCCUAACUCUUUACAUCCUACAACAAUAUUUCGCCUUCUUAACAACCACUACCCUGCGCCUCUUCCCUGGUCAUCUACUGCGAGACCGUACGCAGGUCCUGCUCGCUAUCGCGACUGCAGCCGGUACCACAAUACUCUUUGUGGUUGUCUAUUAUAUUCCUAUCUACUUCCAGUUCGUCAAUAAUGAUGCGGCCUUAAUGGCUGCAGUACGUCUGAUGCCUUUUGUCGUGUUCGCAGUUGCGAUCAACCUUGUGUCAGGCACAUUCCUCCAUUUGAUCAAGGUCUACAUGGUCCUCUACCUGGUAGCUGGCGCCUUCACGGUCGCUGGCGGAGGACCAUUAGUAGUAUACCUUAGCCCAAGCACAUCGACAGGCACCAUCUACGGCUUGACAGUUCUCGUUGCUAUCGGUGCCGGUCUAACUAUGACGAUAAGCUACACGAUAGCCACGUUGACUCUAGAACCUGAGCAAGCAGCCGCUGGAAUUAGCAUGCAGAAUGUAGUCCAGAUCGGCGGUCAGGUCAUUGCUCUCGCGGUUGCAGGUCAAAUCAAUAAGUCAGUGGGCGUCAAGAAUCUGGAGGAGGUAUUGGCUGGCAAGGGUUUCACAGACUCUGAGAUCCAUGGGGCGAUGGCAGGGGUGCAGAAUGCCCUAUUCCAGAAGCUGGAAGGAGAGCUUCGUAACAAGGCAAUUCUUGCUAUUACCCAGGCUAUGCAAACGACCUUCAUUACCGUACCUAUCGCUGGAGCUGUUAUGCUAGUCGCUGGAUUAUGCAUGAAGCGGGACAGGCUAUUCGGAAAACCUAUCGUCCUCGGUCCAUAG